GCAAGGUGGACGUGUAGCAGUCGCAGUUAAAAACUGACAAUUUACGUACGCUUCACCCGCUGUGCAUGGCCAAUCGGAAAGAUAUUGCUUAUUCAAUUAUAAUAGAGUGUGUGGCAAAUUGUCAAAUUCUUGAUUUACUCACCCAUUUUUUUUCACGUGACUUGCUGAUCUGAUAAGAGCAGCGCUCGCGAGUGAGAGAUUCGUAUUUUGUGAACAAUGAGGCCAAACUGAUUUGUGAUUGGUGAUUUGUGAGCCUCCAACUGAUCCUGAACUACAUAACUAGUGUACGGCCAGCUAUACGAGGGACAACAACUACGCCGAGUGUUCGACCCAGUGCGUAAUGCUGGCAGCUAAACUUUUGCUGGCGCUGCUCGCCAGCCUGAUGCAGUGCAGCAGGCAGGCGCAGGCGGCCGUUGCUGGGAGCGUAUCCAAUGGCGGCAGCUCGAAUGGAUUACAGUGCCAGCGCAUCGCAGUGUCCGCCUGCCAGGGGCUCGGCUACAAUAUGACCGCGUUGCCCAAUCUCGCGGGUCACACCAAUCAGCUGGAGGCUGAGUUGCAGAUAGCCAAACUAGUGCCGCUGAUCGAGUCUGGCUGUUCGCGGCGAGCACGUUUUUUGCUCUGCUCGGCGCUAUUUCCGCUCUGCAGCCCGGAUGUGCCACGCCCCGUGACGGCCUGCAAGUCGCUGUGCGAGACGGUCAAGGGCGAGUGUGCGGCGAACGCGGCGCCAGAGCUGAUGCAGCUGUGGCCGCCGUUUCUCAGCUGCGACUCGCUGCCACAGCCGGAGAAUCAUGAGCUCUGCAUGCAAAUACCGCAAGAGGCGGCGGCCAGCGAGGGCGCCAACGCGGGCAUGGCAGCGGCCGGCGCAGAUGGACAGCAGACGACAGCGGCCGAGCCGCCGCCGCCGCAGCAGCAGCAAAUGUACUGGUCCUGGAUGGCCUGGAAGAUGUCCGCGCAGCUGGGCAAAUCGCCGCCCAGCAACGGGGCGCUGGGCUCUGCCGCCAGCCUUGGCGGCGUCGGCAGCUUUUGUCCACAGAACUUCAGUGCGAGUCCGCUGAGCGCCGAGGAGUGCCUGCCGCAGUGCCAGCGCGACGCGUUCCAUUCAACGCAGCAGAAGAAGCUGACCGAAAGUCUCGUCCUGGGCCUGUCCGCCGUGUGCUUCGUGCUGACGCUGUUCGCGCUGGUCACGUUCUGGGCGGAGCCGACGCGCUUCGGCUACCCGGAGCGUCCGGUGCUGUUCCUCUGCCUGUGCUACAAUCUGUUCAGCGUCUGCUAUCUGGAGCGCAUCGUCUUCCAUCAGGCGCGCAGUCUGGCGCUGCUGCAGGAGCCGGGCCGAGUGGGUCGCGCACCCUGCGCCCUCACCCCGCCCUGCCUGGCCUCGUACAUCAGCACCUCGUAUCUGAGCCUGUGCGCCGCCAGCUGGUGGCUAAUCUUCGCGCUCUGCUUCUAUCUGUCCUCGCACAAGAAGUGGUCGAGCGAGGCGCUCGAGAAACGCUCCGGCCUGUUCCAUGUGCUCGCCUGGGUGCCGCCGCUGGCGCCGCCCAUUGCCGCGCUGCUGCUGGAGCGCGUGCGUCCCAGCGAGCUGACCGGCAUGUGCACAGCGCCCGGCUUUGUGGAGCUGCCAGCGCUGGCGCUGCUGCUCCUGGGGCUCUACUUCACGCUGCGCGCCUCCCGCUCGCUGCACACGCUGCAGCAGCAGCUGCAGCCGACGCUGGCGCAUCAGCGUUUCGCCCAGAUACGCAAACGUUUCGUGAUCUUCUCGCUGCUCUUCUUUGUGCCAACGGCGGCCGGCGUGGUGGCCGCCUUCUGUGAACGGUACGUGGACGCGGUGCCCAGCUGCCCGACGCCGGAGGAGUGCGUGCAGCCGGCACAGCUGAGCGCCUGGCCGGCGCUGGUGCGCAUCUUCUUUCAGCUGGUGGGCGGCACGCUGACCGGCAUGUGGGUGUGGUCGCGCAAGACAUGCGAGAGCUAUCGCAGCCGCCUGGUGGCCGGCGGCUCGCCCAGCUCCUCGCUGAUGACGCAGCACAAGUCAUCAGCGGCCGCGUUGCCCAAGAAGCAUCUCUAUGCCAGCGGCAAAUCGAUGCUGGCCGUCACGGCGCCCCCAGCAUCCGCCCAGGCGCCGCUCUACGCCGGCAUCAGCUUCCACAACGUGCCCGUCUACAAUCCGCAUCAGUCGCGCGUGUAGCAGCCACAGCGGCACAGAGACGCGGCCUGGCCGGAUCUCAGCCUUGUACAUAUAGCUCGGGCAGGCUGCACGUUGCCACCAGCUGAGUCAGCUCUGAUCAGCCCCAGCUAGCCCCUAGAC